AGCAGGAAUAAGAAAGCUUUGUGAUUUGGAGUUUCAAAUGAACUUAAUGUAUGGUAGAGAACAUUAUAAAAGUUAAUAAGAAUUAUAUAAUUAGAAUCAAUUGGAAUCACAGUUUAUAAUUGAAUUACAACAAUUGGUGUAUCCAAAUUUGCCGUAUUUAAGCAAUCGAAAUUUUGAAAAUGUACAUUAAUUAAAUAACAAAUGAAAGCUUUUCUUUUAAUAUGCCUCCUUGCCACAUCAAUGUUGGUUAAAGCAGUUGACACUCCAUAAGAUUAAAUCCCAAGCGUAGAAACAGAUUCCCCAAGUUUCCUUCAUGUCCAAUAAGUAUGCCCAUAUUGUUGCAAUGGCACAUGCUGCUCUUCCAUCUCCUCUUGUAAUAGAGGAGUGUGUAAUAAUAUUGUUGCACCUUAUACCUGUGUCUAAGGAUGAUUUUAUAUUCACAUCAUAAUUAAGUCAUACAUUAUAUCAUACCUUUAUU